ACACCAACUACACAACCACCAACCUUCCCACCUUUAACCCUCAUACCUAUUGGCAUCGACCCCGUAAGCGUUCUAUCUGGCAUCGGCCCCCCAAACUCUGAUAUUGACAACAACAUAUUUACCUCAGGCUCCAGUAAUCUCACCAACAACACCUUCGGCUCCAGUAAUUACACCAUCAGCACCUUCAACUACUACUACGAUAACACUAAAGCUGGAUUCAUCUCAGAUGUAGUGACGUACAUCAUCAUUUGCAUCGGCCUUCCUUUGACCCUCAUCGCAAUCUACUCUCUCUACUCUCUGGUACGAAAUGAUCACGUUGCUCCCAUCUACGUCAUCAACCUUCUGAUUUCUGACCUCAUCCAGUUCUGCUGCAUGAUCUGUGACGUGGCACAACCUAAGAACAGGAUGAUAAACAUUAUCUACGCAAGUAUUUACAACUACAGUCUGUUGACCAGCGUCGGCUUCAUGGUGUGCAUCGCCCUGGAAAGGUAUUUGCUGAUCGUCUUCCCACUGUGGUACCGCUGCAGACGAACCAUCAAGUCCACUGUGGUGAUCUGUGUCGUGGCCUGGGCCCUUCCUUCUCUCUACCUUUUCACUGUAUUUUUCGGUGGUAAUUUUAACAUAGCACAAAUCAUCGCCAUUGUCUUUCUGCUCCUUCCCUUCCCACUGCUCAUAUUCUUCUGCUGUGCGACUCUCAGAGUCCUGUCUGCCUCCGUCUCGAUCCUGCCUGAGGAAAAACGACGAAUUGUAGGAACUUUGGUCCUGAUGCUGCUAAUUUACAUGCUGCUUUUCCUGCCCAACAUCAUUUUGAUAAUGGCUAGCUACACAAAAGACAAAUCACUAACUAAUACUCUCUUCUACCUGGUUACUGAUUUUUAUAAGCUGAAUACUCUUGCAGACUUGGUUCUGUAUAUUUUCAUGAAGAAAGGGGCUCUAGACAAGAUUUUGGCCUCUGUGUGUUGUUGCAGAGUGAAUGAUGUCAUCAGUCUGGAAAGACUGGAAAACAACACUAACGGUGUGAACUAGAAAAGUGGACUCAGGCUACAUCCACACUGCUUCAUUUUGUUUUUAAGCAGCAUUUGGAGACAAAAACUAUCUCCAUGCACACAAUAGUUUUAUAUCCAGUAGCAGAACUAAUCUCCGUGCAUAUUAUCACGUCUGACUCAUCAACGCUAACCCAUGCUAAGAUAUACUAAUAUAUAAGAUAUAUAAGUUACUUUACUUUCAUGAAGGUUACCACGUGACGUAGAACAUGACGCAG